AUGUCACGGAGCGUGACCGUGGCUGUCGCAUACAUUAUGUCGGUGACACCUCUCACGUGGCGCGAAGCUUUGAAGGUGGUGAGGGCUGGACGCGCAGUAGCAAAUCCCAACAUGGGCUUCCAGCGUCAGUUACAGGAUUUUGAAACUUAUAAACUAGUUGAGGAAAGAAGACGUCUGAAAGAGAGGUACCCUUCACUAGCACUAGCCGACAGUGAUCUAGCUGAGUGCCGAGUGAUGUUGGACUCUUAUCAAGAUAUGCUCAAGCAGAAGACAAUCUGCGAGGGCAAGUGCGCCAUGGGGCGGCAGUGUCCCACCGGUGUAUGCAGGACUGGGUCAAAACGACAACCGCGAACUCGGAGGCCGUCGGGUGCCGCGGGAGCAGAAGCGGGGUCGGCAGGGCUAAAACGCUCUCCGUCCACGUUGUCCACAACGUCCACUGCGUCGGGCUACAGACCUCGCUCAUCGCCAGCUGGCCUUUACAGCUAUACCGGCCGUAAGUAA